CUACACCCAUCAUGGGCAGGGAAAAGGUUUAGGCUGCAUCUGCACCUCUCCUCUGGCCAGCCCUGUAACUUCUUUCCUCCUCAACUUUUGCUCUCCCCCUCCUGGACUUUAAUUGACCCUCUUCAGAGAACCUACGUGACGGUGACCAUUUGGUAUAUUUAUCCUUUUUCAUCUUCAGGGGAAUUGAACAUCCAGUCCAGACACCAGUUGUAAUAUCUUUUGGUUGUGGCAGUUCUUCCUUGUAGGGGCUCUGUGCAUGGACUCAUCCUCGACGAUCAGGACUCAAACAGGAUUAGCGAGGUGGCGGUCCAUGUUAUUCUCUACAACUUCGUUUUUCUUUUUUUGGGCCUAAGGGAUUAAUUGCUGAAAUUAAAUAUUCAAACCAGCAUGACUGAGGGAGUCGAAGUGCGAUCCUCCACCACAACCAUGGUCAUAGAGAGCAAAAACGGGGAGGCAGGACAGCCCCUAGUCAGGGUGUCUAAGAGGACCGUGACUGAUGACCUGUACACUACCUUCAGUUCCCCCAUGGCCUGGAUCCUGGUCCUAGCCCUGGUCAUCACCUGGUCCUGCGUGGCCAUCAUCAUGUUCGACCUGAUGGACUACAAGGGCCUCACAGGGGUCCCCCCACCUCCCGCUGUCAGGAAAGCAAUUAAGGAGGCAGGGAGGUCUAGAGGAAGCAUUCAGCAUAUCAGCUCAGAUCCCAUGAAAGUAGUGAACGAGGCAGUGGAGGAGUCCACUGGCUGGGGCAACCUGCUUCUGACCUUUGCCUCCAACCUGGUAGCACCUGAGGAGGAGGAAAUUGAAGGUGAGCUAGAUCCGGUGAAGAAAAAAGUAAAACUGGCCCCAAAAGAUAUAGGAUGGUACGCUGAAGAGGAUCAUCAUGCUGAAAGUGAGAAGGGGGGAACAGAAGGUACCAUGGCCAUGCUUUCCAGGUUUAUAGCUGCAUUCCUACCGUCCAGAAAACAAGUUGCAGGGAUGUUUGCAGAGGAAAAAGAACCAGUUGCUAAAGUAGAGGACGAAGAAGAAGAUGAAGAGGAAGAUGAGGAGGAUGAGGAAGAAGUGGAAGAUUAUGAUGAGGAUGAGGAUGAAGAAGAAGAGGAAAAUGAGGAUGAGGAAGAAGGGGAAGAAGAUGAGGAUGAAGAAGAUGAGAAUGAAGAAGAAGCUGAUGAUGAGGAAGAAGAUGAAGAAGAUGAAGAAGAGGACGAGGAAGCAGCAGCUGAGGCUGAGAUAGAUGAGGAUGAGGAUGAUGAUGAUGAUGGUGAGGCAGAUGAAGAACAGCCUGCUGCAGUGGCUGAAGAAGAGGAUGAUGACGAUGAGGAAGAGGAUGUUGCAGAUGAUGAUGAAGAAGCUGCUGCGGAGGCUGAUGAUCUUGAGGAAGAAGAGGCUGCUGCUGAUGAUGAGGAAGCGGCUGCUACUGCUGAGGAUGAAGAAGAUGAGGAGGAGGAGGAGGAGGAGGAAGAGGCUGUUGCAGCGGAUGAGGUGGCUGAGGAAGAGAGAGAUGAUGGUGAGGAUGAAGCUGCUGCUGAAGUCACUGCUGAGACUGAUGAUGAUGAUGAUGAAGAGUAUGAAGCUCCCAUUCUGAUUGAUGUUGAUGACACAGAGACAGAUGCUUCUGCUGGAGAUGAUGAUGGUGAGGAGAGAGAGGAGGAUGACACCACAGCUGAAGCUGAAGCUGAAACUGAAACAAUUACAGAUGUGGAUGCCAGUGAUACUGCUGUUGCUUCCACUGAUGAUGACAACGAUGAUGAUGAUGAUGGUAAAGAGGAGGAAAUUGAUGUCACAGAAGAUGUUGUUUAUGACAUCCAGGACAAUGACAUUGACAUUGUUGCGGAACAUGUAGAUGCUGUUGCCUCUUCUGCCGAUGUUGAUGAUGUUGAUGAUGAUGAUGAGGAUAAAGAUGAUGAGGAAGAUGAUAGCAUAGAUGAUGACAAAACAGAUGAUGAUGCUAAACCCAUUGACCUAGAAGAUAACGAUGAUGACGAUGAUGAUAUCAAGGUCAAUCUUGCUGAUAGUGAGGAUAUUGAUAUCUCAGACACAUUAGCUGAGGAUACAACUGAUGACUCUAAAGAUAGUUUACAGGACACUGAUGAUGACGAUGAUGACACUGUCAGUGAGGACAGUGGUGCCAUCGUUGAUGACGUUGACAAAACAAUGGAGGAUUCAGGAGAGACUGUCAGUGAUGUCGCAGACAUUUCCGAUGACACAUCAGAUGAUGAUGAUGAGGGGAAGGAUGCAGCUGAAGUGAUCGGCAAAGAUGAUGACGCCGAUGAAGGUGAUGACAUCACACCAGAAGCCUUUGAUAGUUCAGCUCCUGAGGAAGAUGAUCUUUCCAAGGAUGAAGAAGAGGAUGAUGAUGGUGGCAUUGAUGACCUUCUUUUGACAGUAUUGCCACCUGUUGAAGAAACAAUAACCCCACCUUCUGAAGAGGCUAAAGAGACUGAAGAAGAGGAAAAGACAGAAGAGAUCCAAGAAGCACCAGAAGAGGAGGAGGAGGAGGAGGAGGAGGAGGAGACUGAGGAACCAUCUGCUGAACCAGAGCUGACAAUAGAGGAAGCUUUGGAAGAAGAGGCAGUGGAGGAAGAGACAGCAGAGCCCGAAUCCAAGGAGGAGGUAGAACCCAUUACUGAUACCGACGAAGAGGAGGAGGAGGUAGCACCAGAGCAUGAACUCGAGGAGGUGGUGGUAGCAGCAUGGCCUGAACCCGAGAAGGAGGAAGAUGAGGUAACUCCUGAGCCCAAGGAGGAGGUAGAACCUGCAGUCAAAGAGAAUAAGGUCCAGCAAGCUGCUACUCCUGCACAUCAAGUAGUGUGCCCUUGUAUGCAUUCAUCAAAACCAAAAGAGCCUGAAAGUGAGCCAGAGGAGGAAAAAGCUAAACAUGUCAAGAGGAAAGUAGCCAAGCAAGCUAAAAAGGCCACUCCUGACCGGAAGAAGGCCCCUAAAAAGGAACCAGCAGUGAGAACUAAGAGAGAACGAGACAUGUGCAAGCCAGUUGAGAACACCAAAAGGAGAGAGGUUGCAAGGCAAUUGGAGCUAGAAGAGGUGAUCAGAAAGAGAGAACUCAGACUUAAAAAGGAAGAGAAGGAGAAGUCCACAAAGAAAGAUUCUCAACAUGUAGAUGCGGGGGUACCUGCGCCUGCACCAGUUCCCACCUGUCAACCCACACCAGUCUACUGGCCAUCAUCACCUCCUGGCUGGUAUCUGCAUCACAUUUUCACAGACAAUCCAUUCCCACCUACAACUAUGACAGCAUCUCCACUGCAUAUUCCAACAGCUCAUCCAACUCAGUCAUUUUAUCAAGCUCCUCCAGCGUAUCAAGUUUAUCAAGCUCCUCCAGCUCAACCAGCAGCUCCAGUUCAACCAGCUGAACCAGCACCUGCACCAGCUACUCAACCAGCUGAACCAGCACCUGCACCAGCUGAACCAGCAACUCAACCAACUGAACCAGCACCUGGACCUGCACCGGCAACUCAACCAGCUUCAUGGACUCAAGAACCACAGGCUCCCAAAGAAAAGCAGAAGGCUGCCACCAUAAAGAAGGUUCCAAAGGAAAAGACCAAGGCAGCUGCCCCAAAGGAGCCAGAGCCCCCUAAAGAAAAAGUCAAGAAGCAAGACGCUGUUGUGUCCAAAGAGAAGGUCAAACCAGCUGUUGUAAAGAAAGAAGCUGUUGUCUCCAAAGAAAAGACAAAACCUACCACAAUGAAGAAAGAGCCAGAGCCCCCUAAAGAAAAAGUUAAGAAGCAAGAUGCUGUUGUGUCCAAAGAGAAGGUCAAACCAGCUGUUGUAAAGAAAGAAGCUGUUGUCUCCAAAGGAAGGACCAAACCUACCACAAUUAAGAAAGAGGUUGUUGUUUCCAAAGAUAAAGCUAAAACAACAGCUGCCAAGAAAGAGCCUGUGGAAAAGGACAAAAUAACUCCUACGAAGAAAGAGCCAGCAAUCUCCAAAGAAAAAGUCAAGACAAGCACUACCAAGACAACCACAAGCACUUCCAAGAAAGUUGUUUCAGAACCUGAGCCCCUAAAAGAGAAAACUACUCCAAGAAUCCCCACUAUGAGGAAAGGUAACCACACAAAUGUAGUGGUGCCAAUGGUAAAAGCCAUGGGAAGAGUUGUCGCUAUAAGACCCAUCCCUACAACAAAAGCUCCUGCAGUGAAGGAGGAGAAGCUAUCCAAGGAACCUGAGACAGAGGUUGUUGUUUCCAAAGAUAAAGCUAAAACAACAGCUGCCAAGAAAGAACCUGUGGAAAAGGACAAAAUAACACCUACGAAGAAAGAGCCUGCAAUCUCCAAAGAAAAAGUCAAGACGAGCACUACCGAGACAACCACAAGCACUUCCAAGAAAGAAGCUGUUGUCUCCAAAGAAAAGACAAAACCUACCACAAUGAAGAAAGAGGUUGUUGUUUCCAAAGAUAAAGCUAAAACAACAGCUGCCAAGAAAGAGCCUGUGGAAAAGGACAAAAUAACUCCUACGAAGAAAGAGCCUGCAAUCUCCAAAGAAAAAGUCAAGACAAGCACUACCAAGACAACCACAAGCACUUCCAAGAAAGAAGCUGUUGUCUCCAAAGAAAAGACAAAACCUACCACAAUGAAGAAAGAGGUUGUUGUUUCCAAAGAUAAAGAUAAAACAACAGCUGCCAAGAAAGAGCCUGUGGAAAAGGGCAAAAUAACUCCUACGAAGAAAGAGCCUGCAAUCUCCAAAGAAAAAGUCAAGACAAGCACUACCAAGACAACAACAAGCACUUCCAAGAAAGAACUUCGUGCUGUCAAAGCCGAAUGGUCGCUUGUAAAGAAUGUUGUUUCAGAUCCUGAGCCCCUAAAAGAGAAAGCUACUCCAAGAAUCCCCACUAUGAGGAAAGCUCCUGCAGUGAAGGAGGAGAAGCUGUCCAAGGAACCUGAGACAGCAAAAGAGAAACCAAAAGCGUCAGAGAAAAAAGAGGUGGUUGUUUCCAAAGAUAAAGCUAAAACAACAGCUGCCAAGAAAGAGCCUGUGGAAAAGGACAAAAUAACUCCUACGAAGAAAGAGCCAGCAAUCUCCAAAGAAAAAGUCAAGACAAGCACUACCAAGACAACAACAAGCACUUCCAAGAAAGAACUUUGUGCUGUCAAACCCGAAUGGUCGCUUGUAAAGAAUGUUGUUUCAGAACCUGAGCCCCUAAAAGAGAAAGCUACUCCAAGAAUCCCCACUAUGAGGAAAGGUAACCACACAAAUGUAGUGGUGCCAAUGGUAAAAGCCAUGGGAAGAGUUGUCGCUAUAAGACCCAUCCCUACAUCAAAAGCUCCUGCAGUGAAGGAGGAGAAGCUAUCCAAGGAACCUGAGACAGAAGACAAGGUAAAGGAUGUGAAGACAUCAGAUGCCAAAGCUAAAACCACACCCUCUGUGAAGACAGCCCAGCCCACUAAACCACAUAAAGCUGAGAAGACUGAGAAUAAAGCUGUGAAGGAGGCUAAAGAGAAAGAAGUGAAGCCUCCUGGUAUAGCAAAAGAAUCUCAGACUGACGAGAAUGCCAUGGACAAGAAGAAGCCAGGUCAGAAAGUAUUGCAGUGUGUUUUAAUGGUUGGAAAGAAUGCCCACUACCCUUUGCGACCUUCCACCCCUGGUAUGACCCCUGUGUCGAUGAGCCCAGCCAUGCGGUCCAUGAUGUUGCAGCAGGCGCAGCAGCAGAAAGCCAGAGCAGCGGGGCAGUAGACUAGCUCCUCACCUCCAUGCUGCUCCCUCUAGUCAGUCUGAACGGCAGCCUUAACCAGGACAAUCAGGGACUAAAGGGGAAGGAUGGAUGGACAGUACAGUAUUAUUUAUUUUUCUAUGACCGGUCGAGCUCCCAUGAGUUUUUAAGUCCCUGAACUCUUUUAUUUUACCUGUGGCUUUGCCGCUUUUGCUAGCACUCAGUGCUGAGUCCUUUGUGAUCUAUGUUUUUCAGCAGAUUUAUUUAUAAGAAAAGGAGUGUAAGUUAUGCCUAUAUAUUACCUUAGGAAGCGAAUGGAUUUGAUCAUUUCUGUAAAGUUCAAUCAAAUUCAAUGUACAUAUGCAUAUAAAUUGUAAUUUAGCUCAAGUUCAAUGUAUAUAAUGUACAUGUAAUAUCAACAUCUUGCCGUUUUCAUUUGUUGAAUGAUUACUUCACGUUAUAAUUUUUUCAUUUGUUACUUUUAUCACAAUAUUCAUCAAGUUCAGGAUGACAAAACAUAUCUGUAAAUUGAUUUUGGGGUCAUACAUUAUCAAUGGCACUGUGAUAAACAUUUAGUUUCGUUUUUAUUUCAUGUUUUUAUUUUAUUAAGGAAACAAAUUGAACAUGCUAUACAAUAACAAAUUAACAAUAUAGCUCACUUUCUCCGAACAUGUCCAUGCCUGUAUGCUUCUGUUGAUGUGUGACAUACCCUGCCAUUAUUGCUGUAACAGGAAAUCCUAAGCCAUAUUUUAAGACUAUUGUAAUAGUCGCGCAUCAAAUAAACAGUGACGAUCUUCAUAAGAAUUUUAGAAAUUGAGUGCAUCACAGUUUGAUCAUGAAAGAGGAUCAAUAUUUGUAUUUGCCUAAAAAUGGCUGAAUUUUACAUUACAGAUUUGAGUAUAUCUGUAUUUAGAAAGAAUAUUAUUAUUUUAUUAAAAAAAAUAUUCAUCAAAUUAGUUCACCUGCCAAAGAUGACAAGAAGUUUUCACCUACAGUAAAGGUUCCUACUCCUUGUCAGAUAUUAUUAGAUAAGGUACAGGUAUGUAACACUAACUGUAGUCAUCUGGCCAGAUCUGCAUAAAACACAUGGCUUAAGAACACUAUCUUAUCACUCAUUACACACACUGUUAAAGCAAGGUGAUGUGAUGUCAUUUUUGUUUAAUAUGCUACUUCCAUGUAAAUAACUGCAUCAGCUUGUAUCUUGCUGCUUGGCAUGUUGGUAAAGAAUUGUGGGAAGAUGAGUAUGGUACCAUUUCUCAUGGGAGCUCCCGUUGUUAACCAGAAUAACCUCUUCUCUCUCUCUCUCUCUCCUGAGGAGUGUGUGUGUGUACUGACAAUGCAACACUAGAGGUCAAGUCAAUGACUGUCCACACAUUUUUUUUUUUUUUUACAACUAACAAUGAUUCUCGUGAGAUGAUGUUAUGAUGUCAUCCUGUGAUAUAUAGGUGUGGAUGACUUUAUCAUUGCUGUCAUGUUACUAUCAUGGCGCUUGCUGCCAUGCGCAGCAGCCUACUGCUGAAUCAUGUUCAAGUAGGAGUGCCUUUAUUCUGAUAAUGGUGCUGCUGUGCUAAGUCCAGCGUAUCCAUUGUUGUCUUACUCAACUAAAGACUGUUUCAAGACCAUGUGAAAGAAACUAUUGGGCCUGAGAUCAGAUGUCCUUUAAACAGUAGAAGGGAAAAUAAGAAUGCUCAGUAAAUGGUGGCUUGAGAGCCCAUACUGUGAAAGCCUGGUUACCUUCUCUAUUCAGCUAUUACAUUCCCAUCCCUGCCACUCCUGUCAUUUGCCGACAUGGUAAAUGACAGGAGUGGCAAGGAGUGGAAUGUUAGCUAAAAAGACUGGUACCUAGACUAUUGAAAGCCUGAGAGGGAAGGCCGAGAAACUCUACUUUGUUUUGGCUGUAGCUGUCUCAGCCUGUUGUACUAUCUAUCCAUACAUUUUGCAGUGGCACAUGCAGCCACAGUCCGCAUCAACAGCUCGACAAAGUAUUGUGAAGUAGGCCAAAGGAAAAAAAGCUUGACUUUGAAGUUCCAGUGCACCAUUUCCUGUACCACCAGGGGAAAUGCUGCUGUCUGUCUGUGUGUUGUUUUCUGUGGAUCUGACUGAUGGAGGCAGAGUCCCCCACACUUAUCUACAAUGCAACAACAGAUUACACUAAUUAUAUAUUUUAUAAUUAUAACUAUGUCUUACCUUUCUAUUUUUUUGUCAGAGAAACGUAUUUACUCGUGGCAGAAUGGACUUGUUGGUUGACUGCUCUUUCAUUAUGAGCUCGGUCAUACCAUCAUACCUUCCCAGUCACUAGGUAUAACAAAGCAUUGACUAGACAACCCUACAGUAUGAGGUUUAAAUACCUGAUGUUUACUUGAUUUACAACAGUGCCCAUGGCACAUUGUGGAAUGUCUUGACAGAGUACAGACCUCAGAUAUACGUGAUUAAUAAGCACGGAUUCUGUGCUGAUUAUGUUUGCUGUAACAAUGUCAUUUUAAAGAAAAUUAUUCACAAACUAAAUAUAUUUUGGGUUGUUUUGUUCUUUUGGACGAUUCAUUUUUGGUAAUUUCCUGUGUAUUAUGCAUGACUGUUAUUUAAAAAAAGACAAAACAUUUGGCAGUUAUUGUCUCUGGUUCUAUGUCUCAGUUACACUCUGGUGAGCACUGUAGGACUUGAAAUAUUAGCUUUAAUCAUAUCUCAGUCAGACAUCAGUUGAGCUGUAAAGGAUGGAUAUAGAUAGCUUUACUAUGAGAUGUGUAUGCUCUGUUGAUUUGAGACAUCUCAUUAAUACAGAAGAGUUUCCUAACAUGCACGGAGGAAACAAACUCUCAGCCUUAAAUAUCAGAUAUGUUCCCAAAGACUAAUUACAUCCCAGAUUAAUUGUCUUGCCAAAAAUACCUACUUUAUUUUGGGUUAUUCCUUUUUAUAGAUAUUUAUCUUGUCAAUGCUCUAUUGCUAGAUUCUGAGACUAUUUCUAAACUAUGUUUGCCUUCUGUAGCUACUGUAUGUUCUGUAAUUGAUCACAACAUGAUGGCACAGAUGCUGUUCUUAAGUUGUAGUUUUUUUGUUGUUGCAGUUUUAACAAAGUUCAAACCAUUAUUUAAACAGCAACGCAACAACACAUUGAUCAAUGCCCAAAAAUAUAGAUUUAAAGUAUGUUGGACAUGGUGCAUAAAACAACUGAUAGCUGAUUUAAAAAGAAAAAAGCAUUUAUCAAUUGUUGCAGUAUUUAUAAGAAUGUAUUGUUUUUUUGUUUUCAGAACAAUGUGCUCUUGACUUCUUUUGUUGUUAACCUUGAUCAUUUUUGAGUAUACAUUUAGCAAAACAUGGACUGCACAUGGCAAUGCAAUGUUAGCGUUACAAAUCGAGUAAACAUGUCAAAAAAUAAAAAUAAGUCUGUUUGA